UCCUCUGACAGAUGAAGCAGCAAAAAUAAAGAGGUUCACAAACAGUGAACAGUCCUUCACAGGUCCCUGAAGAGGACAGCAGCAGAGCCAGCACGAUGGCCUCACCCUUCCUGCCGUGCGUCGCCCUCUGCAUCAUCAGAUCCAUCACCGCCAUCCUCGCACUGCCGCCCACUGAGCCGCCACUGAUCCGCGACCACCCCUUUGUGGCCAUAUGGAACGCCCCCAUCGACAAGUGUCAAAAGUUCCGCAUCCCCCUGGACACCGCAGCCUUCCAGGCAGUGACCACACCCGCCGCGGUCUCUGGUCAGUUCCUCACCAUCUUCUAUGAAGACCGCCUGGGCUUCUACCCUAAAGUCGAUGUCACCCAACACAAGGUCCACAGAGGCGGAGUCCCUCAAAAAGUGAACCUGUCGGAGCAUCUGGCCAAAGCUCGAAAACAGAUCGAUUACUACAUCACCCAAGAUGCUGCUCCAGGUCUGGUGGUCAUUGACUGGGAGUCGUGGCGCCCCAUGUGGGAACGGAACUGGGGGUCAAAGCGUAUUUAUCACAAGCUGUCCAUCACUCAUGCGAUGCAGAUGGCCCCAUUUUUGUCAUCAAAAGAAAUUUCCAAACUGGCGAAGAGCCAGUACGAGCAGGCCGGGCGGCGCUUCAUGGAGAAGACUAUUAGCCUGGGCAUCGGCGAGCGUCCGAGCCGUCGCUGGGGCUUCUACCUGUUCCCUGACUGUUACAAUUACGGCUGGGGGAAGCCUGACUACACCGGGAAGUGCUCCGAGAAGACCAAGAAGCAGAACAACCAGAUGUUGUGGCUGUGGGAGCGCAGCACCGCCCUCUUCCCCUCCGUCUACCUAUCGGAGACCCUGAGGAACUCCCCGCAGGCUGCUCUCUUCGUCCGCAACCGUGUCCAGGAGGCCAUGAGGGUGGCCAUGCUGCCUAAACGUCCAUACACGGUGCCGAUCUACGUCUACUCCCGGCCACUAUACCGGAACCAGAACCAGAAAUUCCUGACCGAGAUGGACCUGGUGAACACUGUCGGAGAGUCUGCGGCACUGGGGGCUUCAGGAGUCGUGAUGUGGGGAGGAGUCAAAGACUACGUCAACAAGGCUGUGUGUCAGUCUCUGUCUGACUAUCUGACCUCCACCUUCAACCCGUACAUCGCCAACGUGACGGCAGCCGCCAUGCUCUGCAGCGAGGUCCUGUGCCAGGGGAGGGGCCGCUGCGUCAGGAGGAGCUACGACUCCGACCACUACCUGCAUCUGAACCCCAUCAACUUCAGCAUCCUGCGGACUGAAGAGAAGUACGUGGCGAUUGGUAAGCCCUCCACCACCGACCUGAACGCCUGGGCUGAAAACUUCACCUGUCAGUGCUACGCGGGGUGUAGCUGUUCACCCAAACUGUUGCAUCCACAAACAAUCAAACACAUCUGGGUUUAAGGGGUUUGCUGUCUUCAGAAAUGCGUCCCCUGCUCAUUCACAGAUUAUGUAGUCAUUAACACAAUUUAAACUACUGUAUGUAAUUUGGUGAAUUUAUGCCCUCGUAAACAUCACAUGUUUAUUGGAAAAACAAAAAAAAUGUAAUGUGGGAAAAUAAUUUGAAUUGAAAACCAAACUGCUCCUUAAUAAAUGCUUUUCUGCAAACAA